CCAUGUUUCCAGGUCUGUGUCUCCCACUACGACAUCUCAGAUACAAGCCAGGAAGAAGCGGAGAGGGAUCAUUGAGAAGCGGCGCCGUGACCGUAUCAACAGCAGCCUCUCCGAACUGCGGCGCCUGGUGCCCACCGCCUUCGAGAAGCAGGGGUCUUCCAAGCUGGAGAAGGCAGAAAUUCUACAAAUGACAGUAGAUCACUUAAAAAUGCUUCACGCCACGGGAGGAACAGGCUUCUUAGAUGCUCGAGCGCUGGCCGUGGAUUACAGGAGUAUCGGCUUCCGCGAAUGUCUCACUGAAGUUGUCAGGUACCUGGGCAUCCUCGAGGGCCAAAAUGCUGCCGACCCCAUCCGGCUGCGACUCCUCUCCCACCUGAAUAAUUACGUGGCAGAAAUGGAGCCUUCGCCUGUGGCCACUUCCCUCCUGCCCAUCCAGACAUGGCCGUGGUCCUUCCUCCACAGCGCUGCUGGCCCCGUGCAAAUCCCCAGGAGGGAGGCUGCUCCCGCUCCGGUUGUUUUGACUGCAUCUUCCCUGGCUUACCCAAGCCCUGCUGUGAGGCCAGCCCCGCUUCGCCGUGUCCCCAGCGACAUGCUGCCAUCCCGCCGAAGCUUCCUGGCCAGCAGGAUGACCUCUUCCAGCCGGAGGGCCCGAGGCACGGGCUCAUCUGCAGCCAUAGCAGCCGUGCCCAGGAUGCCGUCGCCAGCAGGCGUGUUGAGAGAGGGUUCGUCCAAGAGCAGCCAAAUCGCGACGUUCCUCUUCUCGCCAGCCUCCGGUGGUGUCCCUGUUCCACCGGCUUACACGGCGCCUCCCGCCUUGGGCGCUGCUGCGCAGGGACCCGGGAUCAGGGUUGGGACAUCCAGGAUCUGCCGCUCCUGGGCGACUGAAAUCGGGGCUUUCUGA